UCAUUGUAUAAAGCGCAAAAGAGAAAUUUACGUGUUUUUCAUAUUUUAUUGAGGUAUAUAUAUAUUCUCCAUUGUAUAUCUUCUUUGACGAAUGGAUUUUAGAAGUGAGCGACUUAGGACAAACUAAUCAUAGAGAUAGGAGAAAAGGCGAAUAAUCAAACGCUGAAUCGGCUCGUCAUCUGAUACAAAGAUUCAGUCAUUCAGUGCACAGUCAUCAAAAUUUCUUCAUUUAAAAAUAAACAAAUAGCUGAAGAAUGGAAAUGAGGAAAUUUCUACGUCAUUGAAGGAAGAGAUCUAGAUGCACAAAAGAUGUUGAUGAUUUUAUGUGGAACGUGAUAUUGGCUCGAGAUGAAAUUCAGAGAUACCAUCGCGAUGCAUUCAUAGAAUAUCAUUUCUAAAUCUUGUGUGUUCCCGUUUUUAUUUUUUCAUUAUUGGAUAAGAAUAGAAACAUCCUGUGACGAUGAAAGUUAAAUUCAAAUAUUCCUUGCAAUCACUAUUCCGGAAUUACUUUGUUUACGUCCUGUUGUGGUUUGUGAUGUACGUUAAAGUUACAGCACAAUUUAAUAUGUUCUCUGUCCAGGAUCCACCCGAUGACCCUUGUUAUGACGAAAGGGGUGAAUCAAAAAUGUGCAUUCCUGAUUUUGUGAACGCUGCUUUCGGACAAGAGGUGGUAGCCUCCAGCACGUGCGGGUCACCACCGAGUCGGUAUUGUCAGUCGACGAGGGAAAAGGACAGAGUGAUUAGAAAUUGUUUUAUCUGUGAUGCUAAGCAUCCAAAAAGAAUGCAUCCCCCAUCAUAUCUAACAGACCUCAACAAUGCCAACGACUUGACAUGCUGGAUGUCCAACACGUAUUUACAAUACCCUCAGAAUGUUACUUUAAAGCUAGCUCUGAACAAAAAAUACGAGCUCACCUACAUAAGCUUACAAUUCUGUUCAUCGAGACCAGAAUCAAUGGGAAUAUUCAAAAGUAUGGAUUAUGGUAAAACUUGGAUUCCAUUUCAAUAUUAUUCCAGCAGCUGUAAAAAGAUGUUUGGAAAAUCUCCCAAAGGCGUUGUUUCGCGAUCUAAUGAGCAAGAAGCACUUUGUACGGAACAAUAUAGUAGCAUCGAGCCAUUAAACGGGGCUCGGGUGGCAUUUAGUACCCUAGAGGGUCGACCGUCUGCAUAUGAUUUUGAGAAUAAUGCUAUUCUUCAAGAUUGGGUCACCGCUACCGAUAUUAUGAUUGUCUUCAACCGACUUAACACCUACAAUGAUGAAAAUGAAGAUGAUGAUGGGGUGAGGGAAAGUUAUUAUUAUGCCAUGUCCGAUUUGGCUGUAGGGGGAAGAUGCAAGUGUAACGGCCAUGCUUCUAAAUGCGUCAAAAACCGCGCAGGAAACUAUGUUUGCGAGUGCAGGCAUAACACGGCGGGAAACGACUGCGAAAAGUGUAAACCUUUCCAUUUUGACCGACCAUGGGCCAGGGCUACAUCCGCAGAUGCUAAUGCAUGUGUUGCUUGUAAUUGCAAUCUUCACGCCCGUCGUUGUCGUUUUAACAUUGGUCUGUACACACUCUCUGGACAAAAGAGCGGUGGGGUGUGCAUCAAGUGCCGCCAUAAUACGGCGGGCCGCAACUGCAAUUAUUGUCGCCAGGGAUAUUACCGAGACCCCCAAAAAUUGAUUACGCACCGUAAAGCGUGCAAAGCUUGCAACUGCCACCCUGUAGGAGCUCUCGGGAAAAUAUGUAACCAAACUUCCGGUCAGUGCCCUUGUAAAGAUGGCGUCAUUGGACGAACAUGCAACCGUUGCCAUAGUGACUACGAUCAAACGGCUUCUUUGAUACAACCUUGUAUUAUUGCAACGACGACAGCACCACCCUUUAUAAAUACUACCACAGAUGGCGCUCCAACUAAGAGACCAAAAACAACACCUCCUGUUAAAACGCAGAAAAAAGACAAGUGUUCGAAAUGCAGAAAGAAACAGAAAAGACUGAACCUUCGCAAAUUCUGUCGAAGAGAUUAUGCGAUCCAGGCCAGUAUUCUGUCUCGCAAGACGGAGGGAGAGUGGGUGAAAUAUACCAUAAAUGUUAUCAGUAUAUACAAACGCAAUUCUCAACAGAAACGAGGCGAAACAUUCCUAUGGGUUCCCAAACGCGAUGUGAAAUGUAAAUGUCCGAAACUGCGGCAAGGCAGACGGUAUUUUCUAAUUGGUCGAAUGCGGAACCCCUACGGAAAACCCGGAGGGUACAUUGCAGAUAAAAGUACAGUUGUGAUUAGGCAUCGGGAACGAUGGCACAAAAGAAUAAGAUUAUUCACGAGGAAAGAGAGAAGAGGAAAGUGUAAUAGUUCAGAUCGCAGGAAAAGAACAUAGUGUAUAGACGGGAUUUAUGUCUUAAUGGUUGUGAACAAAUGAAAGCCAAACCAAAGAUUUAUUACCAAACAGAAUUUUGUUUAAGUUGGGUGCUGCAAUCAAAGAAUUGACAAGGACGCCCUCUUGAAUUAUGAAGCACGUCUGUGUUUUUUUUUCUUAAACAAAAGGACGAAGUUUAAAUCACGUGGUUAUGCCGAAAAGGAAGUGUCACGUGAUUAUAUGAGGUCAUGUGAACAUGUGAAUAUGAAAGUGACAGCCAUUGUUAGACUGCCUUUUUAUUCAUGAGUAUUAUCACAAAGGAUCUAUUCCACCGUUGACUGUUUUGCUUAAUAACAGAAAGUCAAGGGAAAAUGUGACUUUUUAAAGAAGGAUUUCGUUUUCUGUAUGUAGACUGGAAGUUGAAAUGGCGAACAUUAUGGAUUGUGUUAAUACUUUAAUUUGUAUAUUUUGCCAAAGUCUUAGAAACAUUUCGCUGUACAUUUCCAAUUUGUUAUAAUGAAAAGCAAAUUUGUUGUAAAUAAGCUGUUUUAUAUGAUGUAAUACCGAAUUUUCAGCACAUGAUAUUAAGUACUUCAUUUUGGGUAACUACUUUUUGAAUUAAGAGAUGACGCACAAUCAAUUUCCUUAACGUUUUUUCUGCUUGAAAAUGAUUUCGCAAUAUCGUGAUAGUUCAUGUUAAUUAAAUCACCAUGAUAAAGAGUGUUAAUUUCUACUAUUAUGCUGAAACAAGGUUAUUUCCUGAUAGUGCAUUGUCAUGUCAAUUUCUAGAUAUCAUAAAGACGCAGAAUUUAGCUGCAAUUUAGAUGAAAUGGAAUACUCUCUGUGGUCAGUAAAUGUUCUGGUGAUGUCAUAAGUUGUAUUAUUUAUAUUCAUUUACUUAUCUGUUGUAAUUAUUGUUCACAUUAUUUGUAAUUAAAUGUAUUUUAAUUAAGAAGGCUAUAAAUAUCCGUCAUUUCUUAAACCUCAACACGUGAACCCAAAUAAAAAUUAUUUGAAAUAUC